AUGAAUUCAACAGGUCUGAUAAGCUGUGGUGGUGGUGGUAGGGGGGCAGUGGUGGUUGUCAUCGGAGGAACUGUAGUGGUGGUGGUUGGUGGGGCAGUAGUGGUUGUUGUCGGAGGAGCCGUGCUGGAGGUUGUCGGAGGAGCCGUGCUGGUGGUGGUCGGUGGGGCAGUGGUGGUUGUAGUCGAAGGAACUGUAGUGGUGGUGGUAGGUGGGGCAGUGGUGGUUGUAGUCGGAGGAACUGUAGUGGUGGUGGUAGGUGGGGCAGUGGUGGUUGUUGUCGGAGGAGCCGUGGUGGUGGUGGUCGGUGGGGCUGUGGUGAUUGUUGUCGGAGGAGCUGUAGUGGUGCUAGGUGGGGAAGUGGUGGUUGUUGUCGGAGGAACUGUGGUUGUGGUAGGUGGGGCAGUGGUGGUUGUUGUUGGAGGAAUUGUAGUGGUGGUAGUCGGUGGGGCAGUGGUGGAUGUUGUGGGAGGAGCCAUGGUUGUGGUAGGUGGGGCAGUGGUGGUAGUUGUCAGAGGAGCCGUGGUGGUGGUAGGUGGGGCUGUGGUGGUUGUUGUCAGAGGAGCCGUGGUGGUGGUGGUGGUACUUGGGGCAGUGGUGAUUGUUGUCGGAGGAGCUGUAGUGGUGCUAGGUGGGGAAGUCGUGGUUGUUGUCGGAGGAACUGUAGUGGUGGUGGUUGGUGGAGCUGUGGUGGUAGUUGUUGGAGGAGCCGUGGUGGUGGUUGUCGGAGGAGUUGUGGUGGUGGUUGGUGGGGCAGUGGCAGUUGUUGUCGGUGGAGCAGUGGUGGUAGUUGUUGGAGGAGUCGUGGUGGUGGUAGGUGGGGCAGUGGUGGUGGUUGUCGGAGGAGCCGUGGUGGUGGUGGUUGGUGGGCCAGUGGUAGUUGUUGUCGGAGGAAUUGUAGUGGUGGUGGUUGGUGGGGAAGUGGUGGUUGUUGUCGGAGGAGCCGUGGUUGUUACUCCUGUUGUUGACGUUUGUGCCGCUGUAGCUGUAGGAGUUAAGUUCACAUACUCUUCAAUAUGAAUUUAUGUAUAUAUUAAGCACAAUUUUUAAUUUCAUAAAACCUUUCAUUAAGUAAUUCUGAGUCAUCAUUCCCAAACGAAUCCUUCAUGUACUAUAUCUUCCUAAUGUAAAUAUGCCAUGAAUUCAUUCCAACAACAGUUUUCACAACAAUUUUCACCCUCACUUGAGUACAUCAAUAUAAUUCAUGAAGUAGAACUUAGACUGCUGUUAAAGAGUAAUGAAUGCUGACCCAAAAUUGACAGCUAGACCCUGAACUUCUACACGUAAUUCACUGGCUGGGCCCAUGUCCUCAUUUUUGGUUUGACAGCAUUUUUAGUAGACAAAGGUGAAUGGCUUAGACAUAAAUUGAGCUGCAGUUUGUCAAAAGCCUAGGAGGGGAUUGAUCCCCAUGUAUUAUUGAAAAAUGAAGAAGUGAAAGCAUUACAAAAGGGGACGCAGGGUGGGGCACUAAAACCAGAAAAAACUGCUCGUAUAACUGGGGGAUUGUAUAUAGAUAAAAACUGAGCCACUGAACACAGGACACAGGUCACAGAUUUCCAUUGUUUAAUUCCUUUUCCAUGGAAUUAUUUGACACCCUUAUAUUUAAAUGUCAAAAUCUAAAGUAAAAAUUACAUUUUUGUUUAGCACAUUAUUUUCCUACAACCAAUACAAGUUUUAAUAUCAUGAGAUAUUCCAUGAUUCUAAUCGCAAAACUGCAUAAUAUUAAUCUAUAGAGUAACAGAAAUAUGGUACCCUAAAUAUUAAUAUUUGUUUUCUGAAAAUUCAAUGAGUAAAAACUUCAUAAACUGUGGGAUAAAUGGCUGGCUGAAAUUUACUGCAGCAUCUGAAAGGCCUCACUUCUAUCCACAUGUUCAUAAAAGCCAACCUUCACCUGUUAUUCCUUCUGUAACAAUCCAAAAUAAUCCUAUAAUAUAAUUAUUUUUUACA